AUGGAUUCAGCAUCAGGAGCCGGAGCACCCGACCCGAAUGGAGGAGAGGGUUCAUCAUCGGCGACUGGUGGUGGAGGUAGAGGAGGCGCCGCAGAUGGUGGUGGGUCAACAUCAACACCACCGAGUCGGUACGAGUCACAGAAGCGUCGAGACUGGAACACUUUCUUGCAGUACCUGAAGAACCACAAGCCACCGUUGACAUUAGCCCGUUGCAGCGGAGCUCACGUGCUCGAAUUCCUCAAGUAUCUUGACCAGUUCGGGAAGACGAAGGUGCACGUGAACGGGUGCCCCUACUUCGGGCACCCAAACCCUCCGGCACCAUGUGCGUGCCCUUUGAAACAAGCUUGGGGCAGCCUCGACGCGCUCAUCGGACGUCUCAGAGCCGCCUACGAAGAGAACGGUGGUAAACCUGAGUCGAACCCUUUUGGUGCGAAAGCGGUGAGGAUAUAUUUGAGGGAAGUGAGAGAAAAUCAGGCCAAAGCUAGAGGGAUACCCUAUGAGAAGAAGAAGCGGAAAAGACCCACCGCCACGGGGGCGAAUGUAUCCGUAGCGGUGGCUACUAGUACUUCUCAAGUUGGUGAUGGAAGUAAUAGUGGUGGAGGUGAAGCUAUUGGUGGUGGUGCUACGGUGGCUCCUCCUGCUACUACAACAGUAUAG